AUGUAUCCAACUGUCCUCCUGAUUGGACACCCAAACCAUGAUCGUCUUCAUAAAAUAAGACCUGUUGUAGUACACUUGAACAAAUUGUUCGUGAGUGUGGCACCAUUUGACCAAAUGCUCUCUCUAGAUGAGCAAAUGUGUUCGACUAAGGUAGCUCAUUUUAUGAAGCAAUAUUUACCCAACAAACCCCAUAAAUGGGGUUUUAAGUUGUUUGUUUUGUGUUCACUCUCUGGAUAUGCUUAUAGUUUUGAAAUAUAUUCUGGUAAACAAAAUGUUGACAACUUAUCUGAUGAACCUGAUAUUGGCGUAGUCGGUAAUACAGUGAUUAGAUUGUGCCGUUCAAUUCCACGAAAAAUGAACCAUAUCCUAUAUUUCGACAAUUUCUAUACAUCCGUUCCUUUACUGUAUUACCUAUGGACUCAAGGAAUAUAUGCAUUGGGUACUAUUCAACGUAACCGCCUCGGAAAGAAUUGCAAAUUGCCAGGUGUAAAAGAUUUUAUGAAAGAUUCUAUAGUACGAGGAACAUAUGAGGAACAAGUAGCUGAUUACGAAGGCCUUAAUAUCUCGGUAACAUGCUGGAAAGAUAAUAAGGUUGUCACAUUAGCGUCAACUUAUGUAGGCUCCGAACCAGCCGAAACUGUGAAUAGAUACGACAAGAAACGAAAGAAACAAAUUUCCAUAGCUUGUCCAAAAAUAGUCAAAGAUUAUAACGUCCAUAUGAGAGGAGUUGACCUCAUGGAUAGUUUUUUGGGUAGGUAUAAAAUCAGAAUAAAAAGUCGCAAGUGGUAUAUUAGAUUAUUUUAUCACAUGGUUGAUAUGGCAGUGAUCAAUUCUUGGAUACUGUAUAAGAAAAAAUACCCAAAUCUUACCUUAGGAGAUUACAGAUCUGAACUUGCAGAGACUUUAUGCUCCUAUAAAAAGUACGAUACAAAUAAAAGAGGAAGACCUUCAAGCAAUAAUGUAGAAAGGGAGAUCGAAGCUAAAAAACACCGAGGUCCCGCUAAACCUGUCCCGCCAAAAGAUAUCCGGACUGAUAGUAUAGGCCAUGAUGAAAAAAGGUGCAGCGCUAAAAAUAGAUGCAAACUUCCAGGUUGUAAAGGAUUUUCACGGACUGAGUGCGUCAAAUGCAAGGUUGCUUUAUGUCAUAACAAAAAUCGCAAUUGCUUUGCUGUAUUUCAUUCAUAA